CCUCAGCCUGCAAUGGUUUCUUCCUCUGCUUCUCCAUCCAGAGAGGAGUGGGACAAUGUUAUUGCCUUUACUGGAUCGGCUUCGUUGGAAAAGGCCGGUCCUCUUGUUGGAUCUGUUGACGUCGCUGAAUCCAUGGAUGAGUAUUUGUUUCGUGUUUCACUCCCCGGUGUUACCAGGGAUGAAAAAGUCAUAAGCUGUGAAGUUAGACCUGAUUGGAGAAUUCUCAUAAAAGGAGAGAGCGCGACCGGAGAGAACACGGUUUGCAAGCACAGUAUGGUUUUUAAGAUGCAAACUCAGAACUUAUGCCUACCGGGUGAAUUUACUGUUUCAAUCCAGCUACCAGGUCCAAUUGAUCAACUAACCUCAGAUUGUGUUUUUGGAACUGAUUUAUGAACAAUCAUUCUGCAUAGUUUUUGGAAUGUGAACAUAUUGUUCCAUGUUGAGCUUGAUAAAGCUUUCAUUAAUACCUACUACAGAAAUGUUUCUUUUCCUGAACCUAAUUCCGUGUUUCGCUAGUAGAUGGUUGGGAGAAGCCAAAUUUAGAAGAC